AUGGCCUCUGGCAGCUGGCAGCCUGGCUGCCACCAUUCUGCCACCCUCCUGCCCCAAACUGAAAACGCCUACCCUGCAUCACUGAACCUGCCACUUCAUCUCCCAGAUUUUGGAAGUGCCACAGGCCAGCGCUUGCGUCUGGAGGGUGGUGAGGUCGGUGUUGGCACCACGCCCCAGCCCAGACGCUCAUUUCGGGACAGACUUCUGGAGGGACAGGAGUCCCUGCCGCCGCUCACUUCAAGGCCGCGCUGCCCACCAACCUUAGCGUGCAGGCCGCCAGGUCCCAACAGCAGAGGCAGAGACCCAGCCAAAUGCUCAGAAGCCGGGCAGUUCCCGGAGGCGCUGGCGGCGGAGCCUCCAAGGCGGGAAGCCUUGCAGCGAGGCCAAGAGCGGCAGGGGCAGCCCACCCUGUUCCUGGCCUCCGAUGCCCCCCCUCCCCGUCCCCCUCCCCGCUCCCUCUCUCCGUGCUGCCUCUGGUGCUCCAGCCAGGAUUCCAGCCCUUCCGCUGAGCUGUUACAGAGGCAGCGAUGUGCCCAGGGCUCCUGUUCCCUGGGCGUCUUGAAGCUCAGACUUUCGGAAGAAGAACAUGAAAAACUAGAGAGCAAUAACAAGAAGUUACAAGAAGUAGUAAAAUUGAAACAAUUUAUGGAAAUGAAUAUGGUAGAACGCAGUCAAGUGGAACAGUAUAAAUGGGAGAUUGAAGAAAGAGCACGACUGGACAUAGUACAAAAAUUACACGAAGUCAAACUGUUUUUACAGGCACAAGCAGCAGCUCAAGAAAACUUGGACCAGUUAAGAGAAAAUGCUCAUGCUUCAACGAGAAGUCAAAUGGAACUUAGAAUUAAAGAUCUGGAAUCUCAGGUCUCUACAAUGAAGACGUCUCAAGAAGAUUCUACUAAAACAGAGUUGGAAACCUACAGGCAACUCUACCUAGAAGAAUUAAAAGUUAGAAAGUCCUUGAGAAAUAAGCUGAACAGGACUAAUGAGAGACUGUCAGAGAGCAAUACAAAACUUCUUGUGGAGAGACAGCAGCAUCAAACUUUACUCAGGACUCUUACUAUGAGCCCAGGCCUGGAAACACCUUAUUGUGGACAUUUUGAAAAUAAUUCAGUGCUCAAUGGAAACCUUACUCCAAGAGGAAACUUAGUGAUUCCUACCUUAUCCCCACGGCCGUCAUAUGCCUACUGGGAGACUUCCUUGUGGAAGCUUGGAUGAUUUCUACUACCCUGUCUUGCAAAUUGUUGAUCUGUUCUUCUGCAUCUUUGUACCUGCUGUUGAUUCCCUCUAGUGUAUUUGUCAUUUCUGUUAUUUUAUCCUUCAGCUCUGAUUGGUUCUUUUUUAUAUUUUCUAUCUCUUUGUUGAUGUUAUCACUGGAUCCAUUCAUUCUCCUCCCAAGUUCACUGAGCAUCUUUAUGACCUUUACCUU